CAUGAAAGGAUUAAGAAAUGGAAACAACCAAUCUUUCGAUUUCAACCAACUUUAUAUAAAAGACCACUCCUUUAAUUUCAACCAACUUUAUAUAAAAGAACACUCUUUUAAUUUUAACCAAGUACAUUUUAUACCAAAACUUUUAAUAUGUGAAAAAAGGAAUGACUCUUACUUUGCUGAAAAUCAUAUUGAUAUGACUUCUGAAAGUGAUAUACCAAUGGAAUGGUGCACAAUACUUGAUAAUAACAAAGAUUCUGCUAUUCAUCCUUUAUUUGAUAGCAAACCAAAGCAAGAAAUUUAUUUUACUAUCACAUAUCAAAAAGUUGAUCUAUUUCUUAAAAAGGAGUUUAUUAGAUUAUCAGAUGAGUUUAGAAAUAAGGUGAACGAUGCUCUUAAAGAAAUUGACCCACAUACAGCACUGAUAAAUACAUUUUUUACUUUUGGCAAUUUCUUUGCCAAAAAAGUUACUCUGGGUCACAAGUUAUUCAAACGCAUUGAUAAAGCUUGGUAUGAAUCUGUUAAAGAUAAAAAAUUUAACGAUUAUAUCGGAGUGAAUGAAUUACAAGACUUGUUUAAGGAAAUGGAUUAUGAUGGGAAAGGUUUCUUAACAGUUAAAGGUGAAAUCAUUAAUCAAGAGAAUCUUAAAAAUUGGAUUGAAUUAUGUAAAAAUGAUUCUAAUCUACAAAUCAUAAAGCGUGAUGAUUUGAUGGCAGUUUAUGAAAUCUUGGAAGAUUCUAUUCGUGAUGAGGUCAAAUCAAUUCUUGGAAUUCGUGAAUAUCAAUAUUUGAAACCAAGAGAAAUUUAUCAGCAACAUUUGAAACUACCAGAAGUUAAAUAUCAAGUAAUAAUGACUGGUUGUGAAAAGAUACAAUCAUCUGUUGUAUAUCACCGUAUCACAUUUCCAAAAAGAUUAGAAAAUAGCGAUUUCUCACUUUAUGGAAGUAUCACGAGGGAAUCUGGGGAACAGAUAGAUAAUGUGAUUAUUAAAUUUAAAUCAAUUAAUUAUUAUGGGUUUUCCGUGAUUAUUGAAAAUUUUACUGGGCAUGAGUAA